UAAUGUAAAAGUAAACUAAAAAUAUUGUUUUACGCCUUAUGUAGAUAAACGUCUUAUGUAGUAGAUAAGGAAGCAACUACCGUCAUAAUUUGUCUGGGAAAUAAAUCCAAGAAAGAACACAUGAGAGGAAUCAUCAUCGCAAGCUUCUUAAUAUUACAGAGUCUUGUCGUGUUUUCGUCUUCAUCACCACCGGACUUCAAUUUCUUCUACUGGGUCACCUACUGGCCAGGAGCAAUAUGCGAUAGCCAGAAAGGAUGUUGUCCUCCACCAAAAGGUAAUAUGGCGUCAGAUUUCAUGAUCCAUGGACUCUGGCCUCAGUUCAACAAUGGCACUUGGCCUGCGUUUUGCGACCAAACCAAUCUCUUCGAUAUCUCCAAGGUAUCAGAUCUAGUAAGCAAAAUGGAGAAGAAGUGGACAGAGUGGGGUGUUUGGGCGUGUCCAAGCAACGAGACUAAGCUAUGGGAACACGAGUGGGACAAGCACGGCACGUGUGUUCAAUCUGUCUUCGACCAACACUCUUACUUCCUCACCAAUCUCAGAUUUAGACAAAAACUCAAUCUCCUCAACAUACUUAAACAAAAAGGAAUAAAACCGGAUGGUGGAUUAUACGGUUUAGAUGAGAUCAAGAACGCCAUCAAGUGUGCUAUAGGAUUUGCACCAGGUAUCGAAUGCAAUGAAGAUGUAAAGGGGACAAAGCAGCUUUUCCAGAUCUACAUAUGUCUUGAUAACUACGCAAAAGAGUUUGUGGAAUGCCCUUAUGUGCCUGAUAGAUCAUGUGCUUCCAAGAUCAAGUUUCCAAAGUUCCCAAAGAAAGAUUCUCUUGGCGAGUCUCUAAGUGUGAUAUCUUCUGUUUAAACUACCUAAGUAACCAAGAGAAUGAAGAGUGUAUUGUGUUUUCAAUAAGAGAGUGAAUGUAAGAAAACAGAGUUAAGAACCUGCUAUUAUGGUAAGAACCCGUGUUGCUUUAUAGCAAUUUCAAAGGCUUGCAUUCUUUCGCCU